UGAAAAUGUUCUUGCUUUUGAACUCCUUUGUGAAAAACUUUCCCCUUUGGACUCCUUUGUGAAAAAUUGAAAGCAAGGAAAUGCUGGUUGCCAGUUCUGAGGUAAUCUUUCCCCAAGAGCGUUUCCCGAAACAUUUCCCUUCAUGCCCCUCAAGCUCAUAUUUGGGAAAGAGUUUGAAGCUCUCAGUUGAGAACUGAUCUCUUGAAGAGCCUGUUACCUUGACACCCUCUCUCCUCUCUUCGUUCUGCAGUCAGGCAAGAUGGAGAAGGCCUUCCUCUCCCUUCUUGUCCUUGUGAGGGUCUUGGGGUCUUUUGGCCAGCAAGGUGGGUGACAACCUCAGCUGCAUUGUUGUGUGUGUGUGUAGAAGUGGGUGGGUGGCUUCUGUAGCACAGUCUUGCACAUACAAAAGCCCCCCCCCUUUUAAUGAUUUUAGAUUUCUGACACAACAUCUUCAUUCUUUGUUUAUUUAAAGGGGUGGGUUGAAUCUAGAAGAGGAAGUUGUUGUUUUUUUAAAAAAGGAAGAAAUCAGUGGCGGUUGAUGCUUCCACUGCAAAAUUCUGUUGCUUCAACUGUCUUGGGGCCAGGGGAGGAGGAAACUGCUCAGGCGCCUGGGGGGCGCAUCGGGGGGGAAGCCACCCAUGGGGCAGGGCAUACCGCGGGGCCUCUGGAGUCUGCCUGCCUCCUCUCCCACUCAGCUGCUCAGCUGGGGGGGGAGGCAGCAGGGGGACCAUUAGGGCAUUGUGGAGCCUGUGUGAACCCAAGCCACUGCGUCUCUCCCAGGCCCCACGGUGAGUGCUGCCUGGCAUUUUGUCACCCCCCUCAGUGGUGACACCAGUGGGGGGGGCCUGCACCCACUGCACCCCCCUUUCUCUGCCCCUGCUGGGAGCUACCUUCCACACCGAGCUGAAGACAAGGAAAGGAGAUGAAGACUUCUGCAAAGGAGGCAUGGCUGGUGGUGGCGGCGGCAAGUUUUGGGGGGACUCUUAGGAAAGGCAGCCUCAAGGGCUUGAAGAACCUAGAACAGGUGAGAUGCAGAGAGAGACAAGUAUCUCAUGCUGCCUUUGAUGCAAAGGAAGGCAAAAAGUUUUGAUAAGAAAGUUGUGACAUUUUCUCUCUUCCUCUGUUUGGGACUAUUGCAGAUAUUGAUAUUGCACAGCAUGAAGCAAUUGGGUGCAUAAAAGCUGGCUCCUUUCGGAAUAAAAAUUGCCUAGGCUCAUAAUUAAGAUUCAAAGCUUUACUAACCAGAACCUCUUCAAAAACAGGCACAAAACUAUCAACAACACAUUCUAGAAAGCUGUACAAAGUACAUGUAUACCCAAGCAUAGGUUCUUCUUCUUAAAUAUAUAACUUAAUUAUGAUCAGAGCGGAAACCAGUGCUUUGCCUCUCCCAUAGCCUGCAACCAGCCUAAGGCCAGGCAGCUCCAGGGAAGACCUCUUAUCACAUCCUUCUUUCACUGUGCCAGGGAACAAAAUGCAAAGGCGGCUUCCUUUCGAAAUGGCGAAUUUGCAAUUGAACACUUUAAUCUAAGGUUAAACACUCAUGUGAAGGAUAAUGGUUUAAUUUCCUGAAAUGGGAAUGUUUACUUACGUUGGGUUAUUGUGCCUUUUUAAUAUGGGGUUUUAAAAUCUGGCAGAGGCUUUCAUGUGAUUGGCUGACUGUGAGUCACAUGAAAGAGGCAUUCCAUUCUGUUGUGACUGUUAUGCCUGUAACUGUCAUUUUUAACCGUUUUUCUACUUCUCUCUCUCUCUGAGAGAGGCUACUCAGGAUAAUGCUGUGGGCAGUGUGUGUGCUGGUGUGAUCUAUCUGAAGUGAAACAGACAGAGGAAGAUCCCUAAAUGUUAAUAAGGAUAAAUUCUCAACUAUAUGUUUAUGAAAGGAAAGUUCUUUUUGAAUAUAAAGAGUCUGGGCACUGUCUUUACAAAGAAGUUUUCAACUACUCAGAAUAGUUAUUUAGCUUCCUAGCUGUAAGCUACUUUGCAUAUUAUCAAAAUUUACACACACACACACACACACACACACACACACACAGAGGCUAGCAGAGAACAUCAGUAGUUAAUUAUCAACAGGUUAGAGCUUAGCGAGAGCUUCAAUAUAGUCGUACGUCAGCUCCCGAACACCUUGGGAGCUGAACGUUUCAGCUCCCAAGUGAUUGAAAACCAGAAGUGUUCUGGUUUUUGAACAUUCUUUCAGAAGCUGAACGUCUGACGGGGCUUCCACAGCUUCCAAUCAGAAGCUGCACUUUGGUUUUCAAACGUUUUGGAAGUCGAGCGGAGUUCCGGUACGGAAUUCUGUUCGACUUCUGAGGUACGACUGUAUGCUUCAAAGGAAUUUUUCAACGUGAAACCCUUAGCAACAUACAUGCAGGCAUUCUCCAUUUCAGUGUGCAAUUAAACAAUUAUAUUUAACAUGUGGCACCCUUAAUUCUCCUCCUCUCACCUCAGGUUCGGGCCUCGCUGGGAAGCAGCUCGUUUUUCCACAGGCAUCAAACUCUGCCCACGUGGUUCUGAAGGCCGCCCCAAAGCGGCCCUUGACCAGCUUCACCCUCUGCCUGGCCCAUUUCACAGACCUCAACCGCCCCCACACCUUCUUCUCUUACGCCACCCGGGGAAGUUUCAACGAGAUCAUCCUCCUCAAAGAAAAAAACAACGUGUAUGGAUUUGCAGUAGGGAAUGAAGCGGUGACCUUCACGGAUCCGGAAAAAAAAUCGCUCGGCAGGGAGAUCUUGUGCGCGACUUGGGAUUCUGCCACUGGUUUAGCAGAGUUGUGGGUGAAUUCGAAGCGCAUGCCCCGCAAGGGCCUGAGGAAAGGGUACUCCAUAAGUGGGGAGCCGUCGAUCGUGCUCGGUCAAGAGCAAGACACGAUGGGGGGUGGCUUUGACAUAAACGAUUGCUUUGUGGGGGAGCUCCAGGAUGUGAGAAUGUGGGACCGGGUGCUCACCUACCCAGAACUGGAGCUCGCUUUCCUCAACCAAGACGUUCCUGGCGACUACGUGUUUGACUGGAAAACAGUCGAUUAUGAAAUCAAGGGUUAUGUUAUUGUUAACCCCGUGGCCUACUAAGGCAGGGGUUACCUGACAUCCAAAAUGCUGGUCUAAGAAAAGGUCUCUCUCUCUGUGACUUUUCUUUACUUAGCGAUUCCUGUGUCGAUCUCUGAAGCUUGCUGCAGAAUUUUUUUGGGGGGGGGUGUUGCAAAAUUCAAUGAAAUGUGAAUUUCAAAUGAUACCUGCAUCUUGGUUCCUGAAUUGUUCUGUGAAGUGCAGUUAGGGUAAUACAAACCAAACUAAAUUUCAAACUCCAUCUGAAGUAUCCUCCUGGGACAAGAAGGGUGUGGAAGGAGAUUUUGGGGAGGUCUUUUCCUGGGAAAGAUUGCAUAACAAUUGGCAGCUGGGGGUGUUUCUAAAAGAAACUUGACUGAAACAGAAAAAGGUAAUAAAAAUCAGAUGCAAUCUUUUCUGGAGAAAGAAGAAUUGACAAGAGGUUCGCACCUCUUAUAUUACCACUUUUGUGGAGAUUGUGGAGAUUUCGCAGCCCCUGGACUUCUCCUGAGCAUGCUGGGCGCUUCAUAAAUAAGAAGAUGUAGGGGAAAGAAUGUGAGAUGUGAUAUAUAAGUAGCAGUCAAGUACAACAUUUCUUGUUUUCCUAGAGUGGACAUGCGAUGGAAUGUUUGGUCCAAUUGGUUGAAAACUUCCUGUUUCCUCCUGACUGGGACAUACUUCCUUUUGCUUGUGACUAGAGGUGGGCGUGACCUUACCUGCCCAGGCAAGAAAAGAGCAAGGCACGCAGCACACUCUCUUCUUCGCCUCUCUUCUCCAUCUUGCUUUCAUCUUGUGAGCUGCAGGGACUGCCAGUCUGCAGUCACUGGGAUUACUCCCCCCCCCCAAAAAGGAGUAGAUCCACAUGUAUAUACGUACUUUGUAACUAAGUCUGCCUUCAGGGAUCCAACUGUGAACUGAUGGUGAGUAAACUUCUUUGACAUACUUUACACAAGAUUGUGGUGUGCUUAUUCUUUUAAGGGGACUUACCAGGAACCUAAUAUUGAGAGGCUUAAACAAGCCUGGAACCAUCUAUCUGCUGUGCGUUUAAAGGGGAAUAUAAACUCUGCUAAGUAAAGGAACUUGCUAGCGCAAGUUAGGAAGGAUAUUAAUAAACAAUAUGUCCUCUGCCGCCUCCCUGAACAUUCCCACAAAGAAAUUACAGCUGUCAAUGCUCCAUUGUUUUUCUUGAAGGUGCCCUCAGCUCUGUAGACAGGCAACAGGGCAGGUGUGAGGCGUACUUUGCCUUUGGUCUCCAAAUAUGGCCAUCCCCCACAACAACUCUUUGAGGUAGGCCAUGCUCUGAGUGGUUGGCCUGAGGUCACAUGGUGAACUUCAUGGCAGAAUGGCGGUUUUAACCCUGUUCUCCAUCCCACAUUCUCGAAAAUAAGGCGAGGAAGGGAAUAACCUCAGGGAGGGAGAUGAUAUUUCUCCAGAAGUUUGGAAAUUUAUGGGAUCCUUUGUCAACGGUCUUGUGUAUUGCAGUUAUGAAUGGUGCACAUUUGGAAGAAAAAGGAAGAAUAAAACCAGACUCUUCUUGAAAUUAAAAAUUGGCCAGUCCAAACAUAUGGUGCAAAGGCUUUACUUACAAGAACGUGAUUCGAAACAAACAAAAAACCAAAAAAUGUUACAUUCAGACAAUUGCAUAAUAUCAUGUGCUGAUUUCAUGACAGGUCUGAUCAUGUCAUGACAGGUUAUGCCAUGUCAUAACAAGAUAAGGCAUGACAAGACAAGAAUGUUGAAGUGCAGUUUUCUAGCAAAGUAAUGUGUGCAGAAAUACAUAUGCUCAGCUGAUGCCUGCAUUGAUUCAUGAAAAUACAGUAUUUUUCCAUGUAUAACACGCCCCCAUGUAUAUGACGGCCUAGUUUGGGGGACUCCAAAUUGAGAAAAACGGAUUGUAUCCGUGUAUAAGAUGACCCACAAUUCUGAACGUAAUUUUUUAAUUAAAAAAACCUAGUCUUAUACAGUGGUACCUCAGGUUAAGUACUUAAUUCGUUCUGGAGGUCCAUUCUUAACCUGAAGCUGUUCUUAACCUGAAGCACCACUUUAGCUAAUGGGGCCUCCCACUGCCGCUGGAGCACAAUUUCUGUUCUCAUCCUGAAGCAAAGCUCUUAACCCGAGGUACUAUUUCUGGGUUAGCGGAGUCUGUAACCUGAAGCGUAUGUACCUGAGGUACCACUGUACACGAAAAGGUACAGUAACUUUCAAGAAGGCAUUACAUUCGGGAAACCAUUUUGCGGAAGUGUGUAUAUCAGACAAAAUCGUGUACAAGGCACCUAUAUUCACCCUAAGACGCUGACGAACUUUCACAAGCACUAAGAAAAAAAUUGCAAUUGCAAACCGAAGCAGAAAUGUAGAGAACGGAAGACUGUAAAAAAUGGAGACUAACCCAAACUGACAGAUCCAUCCUCCUUCAUCGGAAGAAGAUUAGCAUAGGGCAGGUGGGGGAGGGGAACCUUUGGACCACCCAGAGGCUGCAGAAACUAGAGCUCCCAUUGUUGUUGGGAGUUGUAGUUGAACAAAAUCCAGAGGCCCCCCCCCCCCAAAUCACACAGAAAUCUUAAUAGGCUGGAAAGUGCUGAGCUCAACAGAGCAGUUCCUUGCCGAGCCAGCAAGAGACUCUCAGAGCGCCACCCUCCUCCAGCAGCAGGGCACCGCUUGCAAAGGGCACUCGCAACCUGCUCUGCUAACUGGCAAGAGGGUGGGCGUGAGAAAGACGUUGCCCUUGAUCUUGUAAGCCAAGGACCCCCAGUUGAUCACGGAGUUGGCUGGGAUGCGCUUGUCCCCCACGCGACACAUUUCCUGGGGGCUCAAGACCCGUUCCCACAUGUAGACGUCGGUGAGCUCGCCUACAAAGGACUGCAUCAAGUCGAAGCCGCUUCCCAUGGCAUCCUGGUCUUGCCCCAGGAUGAUGGAGGCCUGGGGGGCGACGGCAUAGCCCGGCUUCACCGCCUUCCGGGGCAGAGGGUUGCCAUCCAGCCAAAACUGUAGCACCCCGCUGGUGGAGUCCCAAGCCAGGCAGAUGUGCUCCCACGCCGGCAGUGGGGCCGCCCUCUCUGCGAUGUUCAGCUUUACCGCAUCACCCCCGAUGUACAGCCUGUAUUGGGAGCGGCUCAGUCGGUCGACGGCGAUGUCGUUGGGCUCGGCCUCGGUGGCGUAAGAGAACAGGGUCUGGGCCCGAGCGACGUCCGUGUAGAGCCUCAUGCAAACUGUGAAGCUGCUCAAAGGCCGCUCCAGCCUGGCUUUCACGACCACGUGAGCAGUGUUGGUUGGCUGCGGGAAAAGGAAGACCUUCCUCUGGAGAUCUGUGGAACCAUAGAAGUGUAGAGGUGGAAAGGGAGUCCCCCAAGAGUCAUCUAUACCUGAAGGAGCAUCUCCACCCCCAACAUUCAACCCAGACACAGGUCCAGCGCCGUGGGCCUUCUGGUGGUUCCCUCACUGUGAGGUUACAGGGAAUCAGGCAGAGGGCAGAGGGCCUUCUUGGUAGUGGCACCUGCCCUGUGGAACCCUUCAGAUGUCAAGGAAAUAAACAACUAUCUGACUUUUAGAAGACAUCUGAAGGCUGUUUUGGGAAGUUUUAAAUGUUUGAUGUUUGUCGUGUUUUUAAUACAGCGGUAACUCGGGUUAAGAACUAAAUUUGUUCCGGAGGUCCGUUCUUAACCUGAAACUGUUCUUAACCUGAAGUACCACUAAUGGGGUCUCCUGCUGCUGCCGCCCCGUCGGAGCCCGAUUUCUGUUCUCAUCCUGAAGCACAGUUCUUAACCCGAGGUACUAUUUCUGGGUUAGCAGAGUCUGUAACCUGAAGCGUCUGUAAGAUGAAGUGUCUGUAACCUGAGGUACCACUGUAUUCUGUUGGGAGCCACCCAGAGUGGCUGGGGAAACUCAGCCAGAUGGGUGGGGUAUAAAUUUUAUUAUUAUUAUUAUUAUUAUUACUACUACUACUAUUAUUAUUAUUAUGUCCAAUCCCAGACAGACAAAAGCACUCAAGGAGGAUGUGAAGCAGGGAAGGCCGCAUCUUGUUCCUAAUGGAUUCCCCACCCUGCCCCGCCCCUCUUAGUCUUUGAAGAAGAUGCUCUUACGGCUGUCUGAAAGACUGAUCAGCGCUUCAUUGGGUUUACUGGGGGAGGGGGCAAAACAUGCUUGCAACUCUUCCACUUGCCCCAUCCACUCACCUCAAUCACUCAAGCCCCCCCCCCCCACUAUUUCCCAACUAUAAUCUUCUCCCUUUUUCUAGAUGACAGCUCUGUGCCAUAAGACCGACCUGCAACGGUUCUUUGGUGCUCAUGCGCCACCUGGCGGCCGAUUCAGAUAGCGCAUGCAUGUGUGAUGAUAGCAGAUUCCAUCCUAAAGGUAAAGGUAAAGGGACCCCUGACCAUUAGGUCCAGUCGUGGCCAACUAUGGGGUUGCGGUGCUCAUCUCGCUUUACUGGCCGAGGGAGCCGGCGUACAGAUUCCGGGCCAUGUGGCCAGCAUGACGAAGCUGCUUCUGGCGAACCAGAGCAGCGCACGGAAACAGUGCCACCCACGUCCCAAGAUUCCAUCCUAUUCACUUUAAAAUAUGGCAGGGGCGGGGCGGUUCACAGCUCAGCUUUAAGCGCACUGUAUGCUGCACAAACAUAAGGUCCCAGAGUGGAGACAAUAUUGGGUUGGCUGGAGAAACAAACUGAUCUGCUCCGAGGCAGCUUUUUGCGUAUCGUUGAUCCCUUUUAUUCCUGUAUUUAAGCUUGUGCUUACGUCUCUUGUUCAAGUCAGUGGGAUUCCGCAGCGCUUAAUUCUGGGUUGUGUGUUCAGCCACACAGACUCUGUAAGUAAUCAGGCAUUACUGGCCAACGAGACUGUGUUGUUUAAGCCCCAGAGUGGGAGGGAAUGGAAAUUCUGACGUGCAAUUUGAGAAUUUGGGGUUGUUGGUUUUUUUUGCUGUCAGUCUGACAUUUGAGAGUUGUAUUUGACAUCACUCCUGCCUUUCCAUGUUUCACAUAUCUGAUAUGCAGAUCCGACCACAGGUCCAGCUAGCCUAGUACAGUGGUACCUCGGGUUACAGACGCUUUGGGUUACAAACUCCGCUAACCAAGAAAUGGUUGCUCCAGGUUAAGAACUUUGCCCCAGGAUAAGAAUGGAAAUCGCACGCCAGCGGCACAGCGGCAGCAGGAGGCCCCAUUAGCUAAAAUGGGGUCUCAGGUUAAGAACCGUUUCAGGUUAAGAACGGACCUCUGGAACGAAUUAAGUUCUUAACCCGAGGUACCACUGUACUGUCUUCUGACAGGAGCUCUGUAGCGUUACAGAGUCAUAGAAUUGUAGAGCAGGAAGGGACCCUAAGGGUCAUCUAGUCCAACCCCUGCAAUGCAGGACCUUUCAUGCAAGCGACCUUCCCAGUCCUACCUGGAGAUGCUGGGAAUUGAGCCUGGGAAACUGCUGUACACAAAGCACGUGGGCUCCUUUCCCUAAAUAUAAAGUAAGCUUCCCGUCCUCAUUGUUCUUAAUAAAGGGCUAAUAAUAAUAAUAAUAAUAAUAAUAAUAAUUUAUUAUUUAUUAUUUAUACCCCACCCAUCUGGCUGAGUUUCCCCAGCCACUCUGGGCGGCUCCCAAUCAAGUGUUAAAAACAGUACAGCAUCAAAUAUUUAAAACUUCCCUAAACAGGGCUAUGUUUAGGAACAGUAUUGUCCACACUGACUGGCAGCGGCUGUUUAGAGGUUUCAGACAGAGAGGUCCUUCCCAGAGCCACCUGGAGAUGCCGGGAUUUGAACCUGGGACUUCAUGCAAAGCAGUUCCUCUACCCGCUCAGCCACAGCCCUUCCCUUUGGCUCUAAUUCAAACCCAGCCAGAAACAGGGAUACCUCCAUGUCUGCCCUCACAAUGCAGCCAGUCAGUCCAUUCACACAGCAACACCCACAUAACUCAUUGCAUCUGAUCAGAGCACCCACCUUCCUGGGCAAGAUACCCCAACAGUCCGGCCAGGAUGAGGAGGAAGAUAUGAAGGAACCCCAUGCCGUCUGUCUUCAGAAUAAACUUGGCAGGUGGCUGAAAUGGAUCCUGGACCUGCCUGGAUCUGCUCAGCCUGUCCUGGAGGAAACCAAGCCCUGCCUGUGAAGUCCUCUCUGGAUCUUAUCCCUGGGCUGGAAGGGGCGGGCACCUCCACUCUCAGGGCAGUUCCACAGGGCAGAGAUUAAAAAUCAACAAAUGCUUUCCAUUCGCCUCCCCUGGUCUUAUCUGCCUGUUGGUUAAAUUUCCAUUCCUUCCAGAACGAACCUGCCUCUUUCAAACUCUGAUUGUCAAUAACCUCCCCAGAUCAUUUUGCUAGGCAAGGAAUGCAUAGACCCCCACAUUUUAUGGAUCAUGAUUGUUCCCAGUCUGAUUUUCACACAAAGGAUCCCUAGGGUUGCCAUAUUUCAAAAAGUGAAUACCCGGACACAAAAGUUGUUGAACUUCUUCUUCUAAUAAUAAUAAUAAUAAUAAAAUUUUAAUUUGUAAAUCCAGGACUAUCCCUGGAAAACAGGGACACUUGGAGGGUCUGGAUCACUGCGAGGGCCUUCUCACCCAUCCUGCCAACACACACAUUUACGUAUUACAAAGAGCUCUCCAUUGCCGCAACAGAACACACCCAAAAAAGAAAGGAGAGGAAGAGAGGAAGAAAGAAAGGAAGGAAGGAAGGAAGGAAGGAAGGAAGGAAGGAAGAAGGAAGGAAAGAAAGAAAGAAAGAAAGAAAGAAAGAAAGAAAGAAAGAAAGAAAGAAAGAAAGGCAUUUGCAGUGGGGGGGCCUGUUUAAGAGAUUGGAAGGAGCUGCUUAUUUUAAAAGCUGUCAGCAGCAACUUGACAUUUCUUUUCUUUUCUUUACAGUUUUGAGUAAUUACAUUUUGCUGAUGUUUUGUCUUGUGGUUGUGGAGCAAUGAGCAGACUUUGCAGCUUCCAUUGGGAGGGGUUCAACCCUUGCCUGUUAUCUGCGAGGGUCAAGCCAAGAUCAGAGUGACCUAUGCAGGACUGAGAUGACAGAACAUUCCCUGCCAGGGACAAUGCAAGCGUCCCAAAGGCCAGGAAAAUGACGAAUCUCACAGGCGCCAAGCUAUUAGCUGAAGAAGGCUCACCUUUAGAAGCGGCAGAAUUGCGGGGCUUAUAAUAGUGGGACCUUUGAGUUUGCUGGCUUGCCUUCAUGAAAGAAGAAUCUUUUGUAAGCCACUUAGAAGUCCUUUAAGUGGCAUAUCAAUUUUGUUCAAUAAAUAAAUAAAGGUGCACAGGAAUUUCCCACCCUGCACUCAUCUCUCACCUGUGGCUCCUAGAAGCUGUCAGCGUGCGACAGUGGCUACACCCCGUGAAAUGGCCUAGACUGGCCAGCUAAACCAGGUGAAGGGAGACAAGGUGUGAGUUAGGGACUUUCCCUGCAUGUGAAGACAGGCUCUAGCAGAUUGAGCUGACGAGGCAAAUAGUGGGUCCAAUGGUUAAGAAGGCGGUUUCUGCAUUUGCUGUAGAAGUAUUAUUAUUAUUAUUAUUAUUAUUAUUAUUGAUAUUGUUGUAGUUGUUUAGUCGUUUAGUCGUGUCCGACUCUUCAUGACACCAUGGACCAGAGCACGCCAGGCACUUCUGUCUUCCACUGCCUCCCGCAGUUUGGUCAAACUCAUGCUGGUAAAAUGUGGUCUUGACUAUGCUACCACUCAGUGGAUUUGUAACUGGCUGACUGACCGAACCCAAAGGGUGCUCAUCAAUGGUUCCUCUUCAUCCUGGAGAAGAGUGACUAGUGGGGUGCCACAGGGUUCUGUCUUGGGCCCGGUCUUAUUCAACAUCUUUAUCAACGACUUGGAUGAUGGACUCAAGGGCAUCCUGAUCAAAUUUGCAGAUGACACCAAAUUGGGAGGGGUGGCUAACACCCCAGAGGACAGGAUCACACUUCAAAACGACCUUGACAGAUUAGAGAACUGGGCCAAAACAAACAAGAUGAAUUUUAACAGGGAGAAAUGUAAAGUAUUGCACUUGGGCAAAAAAAUGAGAGGCACAAAUACAAGAUGGGGACACCUGGCUUGAGAGCAGUACAUGUGAAAAGGAUCUAGGAGUCUUGGUUGACCACAAACUUGACAUGAGCCAACAGUGUGACGCGGCAGCUAAAAAGCCAAUGCAAUUCUGGGCUGCAUCAAUAGGAGUAUAGCAUCUAGAUCAAGGGAAGUAAUAGUGCCACUGUAUUCUGCUCUGGUCAGACCUCACCUGGAGUACUGUGUCCAGUUCUGGGCACCACAGUUCAAGAAGGACAUUGACAAACUGGAACGUGUCCAGAGGAGGGCAACCAAAAUGGUCAAAGGCCUGGAAACGAUGCCUUAUGAGGAACGGCUAAGAGAGCUGGGCAUGUUUAGCCUGGAGGAGAGGAGGUUAAGGGGUGAUAUGAUAGCCAUGUUCAAAUAUAUAAAAGGAUGUCACAUAGAGGAGGGAGAAAGGUUGUUUUCUGCUGCUCCAGAGAAGCGGACACGGAGCAAUGGAUCCAAACUACAAGAAAGAAGAUUCCACCUAAACAUUAGGAAGAACUUCCUGACAGUAAGAGCUGUUCGACAGUGGAAUUUGCUGCCAAGGAGUGUGGUGGAGUCUCCUUCUUUGGAGGUCUUUAAGCAGAGGCUUGACAACCAUAUGUCAGGAGUGCUCUGAUGGUGUUUCCUGCUUGGCAGGGGGUUGGACUCGAUGGCCCUUGUGGUCUCUUCCAACUCUAUGAUUCUAUGAUUCUAUGGUUCUAUGAUUCUAUGCUGGUAGCUUCGAGAACACUGUCCAACCAUCUCGUCCUCUGUCGUCCCCUUCUCCUUGUGCCCUCCAUCUUUCCCAACAUCAGGGUCUUUUCCAUGCAGUUGUUGUUGUUGUUGUUGUUGUUGUUGUUGUUGUUAUUAUUAUUAUUAUUAUUUUAUACCUGUCCAUCUGAGUGGGCUGCCCCAGCCACUCUGGGCAGCUUCCAACAUAUAUAAAAGCAUAAUAAAACAUUAAACAUUAAAAAACGUCCCUAUGCAGGGCUGCCUUCAGAUGUCUUCUAAGUCAGAUACAUAGUUGUUUAUUUCCUUGACAUCUGAUGGGAAGGCGUUCCACAGGGUGGGCGCCACUACCGAGAAAGCCCUCUUCCUGGUUCCUUAUAACCUCACUUUUUGCAGUGAGGGAACUGCCAGAAGGCCCUUGGAGCUGAACCAUCACCCCCCAGCUGAACAAUAGGGAUGGAGACGCUCCUUCAUGUAUACUGGGCCAUUUAGGGCUUGAAAGGUCAGCACCAACAUUUUGAAUUGUGCUCGGAAAGCGAGGGGCAGAUGGGGCUCAUCAACCUGGAAAGGUGGAAGGAGAAGGAAAACUGAUCCUAAAAUCGCUACUAUCUCCACAAUCAGGAGAAGAAAAGGCUUAGGAGCAAAUCCUACACAACUCUGGAGUGGAGUCCCUAAGACGGUCAGAUGGCACCUUCUACACCUCUUUUCGGCAACUCCCACAGCCAAGCUGGUGCCAAAUGUAUCACUCUGCCUGCCUUUGGACACACAAAUCUGGGAUCAAAGGGCACGUGCUUGCCACAUCCCCACACUGCCCUCUUCCCUAGCGGCCUGCAAGGCUCGGAUCCGGGGAGGGCGGUGUGAGAAGAGCACAACAACCACACACUAUGCCACCUGUGCAGGGGGAGCCUGGCCAGCUGAUGCAGCACUCAGCAGGCACAAAGGAGGUGCCCCCAUGCCAUGCUGGAGGUGCUGGCAUGGGGGCACCUGCUUUGCACCCCCCCUCAGAAAUCUGCACCUGGGGCCACGGCCUCUCUGGCAACCCCAAGCUAUGCCCUAUAUCAGGAAUAACUUUCUGACAGUAAGAAUUGUUUGACAGUGGAACGGUCUCCCUCGGGAGGUGCUGGACUCUCCUUCCUUGGAGGUUUCUAAGCAGAGGUUGGGUGGCCAUCUGUCAUGGAUGCUUUAGUUGAGAUUCCUGCAUUGCAGAGGGUUGGACUAGAUGGCCCCUGGGGUUCCCUUCCAACUCUACAAUUCUAUGAUUCUACGAUUCAAGGGUCAAAUGACCCAGGACUGUCUUCUGCAUACGCUACAAAUGGGAACUAGAGUCCAGUUCCCACAAGACGCACACUACCUCUGAAUGUGGAGACAAGAGCAUACUGCCUCCUUUUUCCAUGCUAGGCAUAAUUUUAUAAACUUCUACAUGAUUCUAUGUUCUGUGCCGUCUUUUGCUUGCCUUUUCUCUACACUAAGAAGCCCCAAACUUAGCCCAAAGACAUCUCAGUGCUGCUGCUGACCAAACACAUCGGAACGGUUUGUGAUAUAUUGAACGCCAUGACCUUGUUUGCUUUCUGUGACCCAAACAAAGAGGACAAUCACCUCUAAGGUUUUUUGGGGUCAACCAGCUGACACAACCAUCUUGUCUGAGGGAAAAUUUAACCACCCAGCAGCAGCCAACACAAUUGUAGACCCAUAUGUUGUCUCGUACACACAUCACAGAAAGUUAGGCAGCCUGUCCAUAUUAGACUGACGCUACCAAGUGGCCAAGGACCCCCUUUGUGCUAGAUUGUGUGUGUGUGUGUGUGUGUGUGUGUGUGUGUGUAGGAUUGGGUGGAGGGAUUCCUCCCCCAAUCUCUCCUGGCUCAGCUGGUUCAUAAGUUUAUUGUGCUAGCCAAAGGCCAUGACAAACUUGUAGCUGUAGUAUUUGUAAAAUAAUACAGAACAUACAUCCCUAAUAUAAGACAACAAGCUGCAGAAACUGAAGGUGGGCACAUUACUGUCAAGGAGAUAAGUAACUCUAUAACCUUUAGAAGACAUAUGAAGGCAGCCUGGAGGCUUUUUAACAUUUAAUGUUUUAUUAUGUUUUUAUAUAUGUUGGAAGCUGCCCAGAAUGGCAAAUAAAUUAUUAUUGUUCUUGUUCUUAUUCUUAUUCUUACUAUUAUUACUACUACUAUAACUGCCAUGGCUGCUCCCUCAAAGUAUCCCAGGAAUGGUCACUGCCUAUCUUAGAAAGCAGCAGAAUCGUCUUGUUUUUCAGGCAAGUGAGAAAUUCUCAUGCAGAGGACAGACAACAUCCCUUCUGAGCACUUUCUGCUAAGGGAAUUUCUCUCUUCGCACUCCCCUCCUUUGACCAGAGGAUGGCAGUGGUGUGCUGCUAAAUUAGAGUAAGCCAAAACUGAGAAUUACAGUAGUACCUCAGGUACAGACACUUCAGGUUACAGACUCUGCUAACCCAGAAAUAGUACCUCGGGUUAAGAACUUUGCUUCAGGAUGAGAACAGAAAUCAUGCUCUGGCGGCACAGUGGCAGUGGGAGGCCCCAUUAGCUAAAGUGGUACCUCAGGUUAAGAACAGUUUCAGAUUAAGAACAGACCUCUGGAACGAAUUAAGUUCUUAACCUGAGGUACCACUGUAUAGGUUCUCUCCUUCUUUCCCCCCAUUUUAGGUUACAUUCACUCCAUUUCUGCAUCAGCAAUUAACACGUGCGUUUUUGUAAGACGUUUCUUCCAACAUAGCACAAGUUUGUACAUUAUUUUCACUCAACAGACACAUUUAUGGCACACAAUUUUUGGCUGGAGGAUUUGCAACUUUGAAAUUGAUGGGGAAGUGUAAAUCUUGAAGGAGCGUUCUGUUUCUGUUGGCAUAUUGGUUCACAAAUUGCAAAUUGGAAAGGUUUGUGUUCGAAUCAAACUGAAAUUAUUUCUCCCAUCAGGCUUACCUUUCAUGCAUCUCAGGUCCCAUGAGCUGCUCUCAGUGCUAGUUUUUAGAUUUGGGGGAGUUAGUCCAGCUGUAUCUGGCAAACACACAUUUGGAAUGCAUCAGGUUAGUGGGGCACCUGUAGCCUUCCCAAAUGUUGCUGGUCUACAACUCCCAUCACCUCUGACCAUUAGUCCUGCUGGCUGGGGCUGAUGGGAGUUAAAGUCCAGCAAAACCUGGAGGGCCAUAGGUUCCUAGCUCCCCAAACACGUAAUGACCAAUCAUUGCCGGCCUUUGAAUUGACUCUAAGGUCUUAUUGGUUUGCAAAGCCCUCCUCUUCAAUUAGAAUUUUCUUGCGGCACCGUCUAUAUAAUGCUUCUGCCUUUUAGGAUUCUUUUAUUUAAUUUUAUGGCAAUCCGCAACAUUUUAAAUAAAUAAACUUUCCUAGAACACUCCAUGCCAUAUCAGGCAGGCACUUCAGUUGAACUGUUUCCGAUGUCUGCUAAAAAAAAUGUUUUCAUUUGUUCAGGAGACCCUACCCAGACAAGGAAUCUCAUUUUAUAUUGGUUUAUUAAAUGAAAACAUCUCGGAAAGGAGGUGGGAGAGAACAUUACAUUGCAAUUAGAACCACACCAAAUCCAUAGAACAGACCCAGGAAAGCAGCAGCAGAACACCUCAGCGGCAAAACAUCAUCCGGCAAAUCAUCAUGUGGAUGUCACCGAUAGCAGAUUUGUAAACACAGGCUUGCCUGGUCGCCUUUGGCGAGCGAGAUGUGUUGCCAGGCGACCAGGAGGGGGGAAGCGGCAAUAAACCAAGUGGAUGAGUGGAAGUUCACGGCUUGUUUUUUGUUUUUGUUUUCCAAAAUGCUCUGUGUGCUACACAACAGCUCGGUGGCCAGGUGGGUUAGAAUUUGGGACAGAAAAGGCUGAUUGCUUGGGAGGCUGGAUUUCCCUCGUUUCCUUUACCUCAGCCUGCCCUUCACCACCACGUCUCCCUUGAUUUCAUACUGCAGGUUCUUCCAGCCCAGAGCGCAUCGGGGCAGCUGCAGAUCCUGGUAGGCCGCCCGCAUCUUGUGAGGAGACAGGAGGAAAUCCCACAUGUAGACGUCCGUCAGUUCUCCAGAGAAGGAGUUGUAGGAGUCGUAGGUGCCCCCAAAGCGGUCUUGCUCUUGGCCCAACAGGAUGAAGGCCCCGGAGCCAACCACGUAGCCUUUCUUCAAGCCUUUGCGUGGCCAAGGCUUGCCGUUCAUCCAGAACUCAGCGAUGCCGGUGGCCGAUUCCCACCCGAAACAGACGUGCUCCCAGUCUAGGGUGUCCUCUGGGACUUUGAAGGACAGGUACUCUCCACCGAUGUACACCCGGUAUUCUUGGGCUUGAAGAUCAGGAUUUCGUUGUCCUCAGACUCAGUGGCGUAGGAGAAGAGGCCAUAGGGCCGAGUCAAGUCCGUGUAGGACCUCAGGCAGACAGUGAGGUUCUGCAAUGGCUCCUUGGGCAGAGGCUUGAGGAUGAUGUAGGCCUCGCUAGGCUCCGUGCGGAAGACAAAGACUUUUCUGGUUAGGUCUGUGAGGAGACAAGGAAAGAGGGAGACACAGGGAAGAAAGGUUGGGACCAUCUCCUCUCUGACAAGGCUCCUGAGCUUUCCUCAGCAGUAUCAUUGAAAGGGGUAGGUUCUAAUGCACGAAAGAAGUAAAAUAAUAAUAAUAAAAAAUAAUAACGCCGUCCAUCUGACUGAUUUGCCCCAGCCACUCUAGGCAGCUUCCCACAGAAUAUAAAAACACAGUAAAACAUCAAACGUUUCCCCUAAACAGGGCUGCCU